UCAAGUAGGGUUCCCUCCCCUUCCUUAGCCGCUAGGGUUUAAAACUUUGCUCUCUCUCAAACACUUCUCCUUGCUCGAGCCGACGCAUAUAUCUUUGUAAGAUAACUUCACAUACAGAAAAUUACCAGCUUCAGGAUCAAUUUCUAGGUUCAUUUACCCAGUUAUUAUCAGAACUACCCAUCUUCUCUCGUUAUGGCGACUAGACUUCAAUUUGAGAAUUCAUGUGAAAUUGGUGUUUUUUCAAAGCUGACAAAUGCGUAUUGCCUUGUUGCAAUUGGUGGUUCAGAAAAUUUCUACAGUGUGUUUGAGACCGAUUUGGCAGAUGUUAUUCCUGUGGUUAAGACUUCUAUUGGUGGUACUAGGAUUAUUGGACGGUUAUGUGCUGGAAACAAAAAUGGGCUUCUUUUGCCUCAUACCACCACAGACCAAGAACUUCAACACCUGAAGAACAGUUUACCUGAUCAAGUUGUGGUGCAACGGAUAGACGAGAGGCUUUCUGCUCUCGGAAAUUGCAUAGCAUGCAAUGAUUAUGUUGCUCUUACACACCCUGAUCUUGACAAGGAAACGGAGGAGAUGAUUGCUGAUGUUCUUGGGGUUGAAGUUUUUAGGCAGACUAUUGCUGGCAAUAUUCUUGUUGGAAGUUACUGUACCUUCACAAACAAGGGCGGCUUGGUUCAUCCACAUACAUCUAUUGAAGAUUUGGAUGAGUUGUCAACCCUCCUCCAAGUUCCUUUGGUGGCUGGGACUGUGAACCGGGGAAGUGAAGUUGUAGCAGCUGGAUUGACUGCUAAUGACUGGAUGGCCUUCUGUGGGUCAGACACAACUGCUACUGAACUUUCUGUUAUAGAGAGUGUCUUCAAGUUGAGAGAAGCCCAGCCAAGCACCAUUGUUGACGAGAUGAGGAAAUCACUCAUCGAUACUUACGUCUGAGCAAAAAAAGUGAAGUAUUUCAUCGAUUGAGUUGGGAAAACUUUUGUUGCGGGUUUGAAAAAUGAUAUUUGGUUUGUUUUAAGGUUUUUGUUUUUCGCUUUCUUUUUUAACUUGUGUGACUCCUACAAUAUUAUUAUACAUAGUUAUCUCCUUGUUUAAGUGGUUAACAUAAAUUAAUCUCUGUUGUGUUC